AGGCUGUAACUGUGUAAGUGCCAUUCAUUCAACAUCAAGAGGCAUUUCCUCUUCCGGGCGAACAAUUAUUCCGGUAGUCACAGUCUACAGUCCUAGUGAGGGCUUGAGCAUUUUCACAUGUACUUCAAACCACAUCGUCUAUAAACACGGAGAAUAUUUUCAGCACGUCACACGUUGCCUGGAGCUUUUUCUUGCUCGGUCUAAUAAUUGCACUCUUGUUGGGGUGGAAUACUCCGAAGCUGAACAUGGACGCCAAGGACACAGUGGUUAUCAGCUUGGACGACAAGAAUACGGUGACCGUUCAUUUGUAUGGUGCUACCGUUGUGUCAUGGGUAUGUGACGGAGAGGAGCUUCUGUUUGUCAGCACAAAGGCAAUAUUUGACAACAAGAAAGCUAUCCGCGGAGGCAUUCCUCUAGUGUUCCCCAACUUUGGGCCAUGGAAGCUGGGGCCUCAGCAUGGCUUUGCAAGAAUUUCCCGCUUUACGCUGGACAAGACGGAGAAAACUGAUGAUUGUGCUCACAGCGUAUUUUCUCUGAAAGAUUCCGACGCUACCCGUGCCAUGUGGGAACAUAGGUUUGAGUUUCGCUACCACAUAAAUCUGUCGAAGAAAUCGCUGCAGUUGCGGGUGGAAGUUCAGAACACAGGCUCAGCUUCGUUUGACUUCACCACUCUGUUGCAUACAUAUUUUGGCACAAAGGAUGUUACACAGAUGAGCGUGCAAGGUCUGAAGGGAUCCAAGUUUGUGGAGAGGGAAGGUGGCGAUGGAGAGGCCCAGGAAGAGCAGCUGAUUGUGUCUGACUUCAUUGACAGGACGUAUUGCAACACGGCCAGCAAGCAUGUGCUGACGGGUGUUGGCAGCAGUGGUACUCGGACAGUGACGCUUGACAAGGACAACUUGCCCGAUACUGUUGUGUGGAAUCCAUGGAAGGCAAAGGCAGCAGCGAUGGGUGAUUUUGGUGAUGAUGAUUACCCCAACAUGCUGUGUGUGGAGGCAGGGUACGUCUCACAACCAGCAACUGUCGCAGCCGGCGCAACAUUCGAAGGAGGUGUUGUGAUGACUUCCAGCUGACCACCUAAAAUUACCACCACCACAUUUUCAACUAACAACAGCAUUCGGUUGUUAUUCCACUCCAAUUUAUGAUUGCUAGCCCUACCCAGUCAUCUCAUGCUCCAUUCCGUUGUUAACUUGCUUAUCAACUGCUAUUUCGCCACAUAGGCAUUCAGUUUUUACACACCUUUUAGAAACAGCAUUUUACUACUUCUGUUUAGCAUUUGGUCGUUAUUCCACUCCAAUUAUUAGCUAGCCUUCGACAUAAUUUCAUUUUUAGAAAGUGCACAUGGUGUGCAUGAUGUGUCUGUCAAGCUUAGUCAGUGCAAAUGAACAUGAAUCAUUACAAUGCGUAAGAACCUAGUUUUUAGUAGCCAGCUGACAAUAGAUAGAGAGUACUGAAUAGCAACUAGUAAUACAUAUACAUGGCAAUAGCUGUAGUUUCAUGGACAUAAUAAAUGCUAAUUUCAUGAAGUAUUGAUAAUAGCUGCGCAUGCUCGCUGCUAAACGA